CCCUCCUUUCCUAUGACUGACCCUAACAUCAAUUUUUACAGAAAAGAAUGUUCAUACUGCUUCAAGACAACCGCAACAGAUCAUAUCUAUGCCUGUUCAUGUUCUAUACCCGUUUGUUCGUCGCACAAAAGUAUGCACAUGUCAAAAUCUGGUCACAAAAUAGUUUUCUCGGUGCUAGACGAUAUUUUAACCUUUGAACGCGAGUACAGGGAGGAAAUCGAGAACGAAAAUAGGGAUAUAAAAGAGGUUGAGGAGCAUUUAUUGCGUACGAUCGAUCUUAAGGGUGAUAGAGACUGCUGUCCGCACAGCACGACUCCUCAAAAUAUCAUCCAUAACGAGACACGGUGCCUAUCAAAAAAGGAUAAAUGUGAUGUGAAAGAUUUAUGGGUGUGUUUUACGUGUGGUUAUUCAGCAUGUGGACGCAAACAGGUGUAUUUAGAAGGAAAUAAUCACAUGGAGACGCACUACAAAGAGACCAAGCAUAGCAAAGUUGUUAGAAACGAUUUAAUGUACUGCUAUGUGUGUGAAAAAUACGUGUAUGAUGUUAAUUUUGACGACGUGAGCAAAUUAACGAAUUGCGCACGGAUUAAGGACAAGAAUGCAGAAGUGUAUGAGAUGAUAAAACAGAUUGUGAAAUUGAAUGAGGAGCAGAAAGACAGCUUAUUCAAUAUAAAAGAGAUAGAUUAUGAGCUUGAUUAUGAUGUGCCAGGCGAAAACGAUGAACAGAGUAAAAAUGGUGGGCACAUCGCGGGUCACAAAGGUAUCACAAACAACGGCAAUACGUGCUACAUAUCAUGUGUAUUUCAGCUGCUCGCUGAUAUCUUGAAUUUUACCACUUUCCACUUUCUUAAAUGCUCUGUUAAUCCGUUCAACUGUCUGCUAUGCCAAAUUACAAGGGUAUGUAGAGAAUUGAAAAGCACGGAGAAGAGCUUGAAAGAACUUACAGAGAACACCAGCACGGAUUAUAUCAACAUAAAAGAUUUGAUAAAGUGUUUGCAGAGAGAAGGACUGGUUAUCGAUGGCAUUCAGCAGGACUUUUCUGAACUGCUGUUUCUCAUACUUGAACGUCUGAGGAGCGAGGAGACGAAUGAGAUUGAGUGUGGUGUGAAUGAGCUGUUGAUUGGGCUUGUGGUUCGAGAAUGGUGUGAUGGAUGCGAAAAGGAAAAAUUGGCAGAUAAUGAGCAGUAUUUUGUUAUUUUGAGUGAAAAACGGUAUGAUAGGCUGAACGGUAAGGAUGAGGUUGAGAACGGAGAAGAUGUUUCCAAACAAAACAAAAUAACGAAUGAGCACUCGUUCGGCCCCAACUUCUAUUUCUUUGAGGAGGAAUGCCUUGGAAAAUGCUCAUGUGGUGGUACGAGACACAGGAACACGCUAAUAAACAAAUUGCCCACUAAGCUAAUUAUCAUAAACAACCACAGAAUGGAAAAUAACGAGUUCCACACAAAUGACCAGAUCCCUGCUCAUUUGGAUUUCAAUGAACUGAUCUAUAAGGUAAAGGUGGAUGAUAAACUUGUGAAUGAGGUAUUAAGCCUAGGUUUCAGCAAACAGGAGGUACAAAAAGCAUUGCGCCUUACAAACAACAAUCUUAACAAGAGCAUAGAAAUGUUGCUCAGUAAAAACGGUAAAGUGUCGGACAACAGCGAAUUUAAACUAUUUGGAGGCGUGAAAUAUUACGUGACAGGAAUGAACAACGGUCAUUACAUCUAUAUCAGGGACAGCGUAGUCAUCGAUGACAAAGAGAUAAGAAAAGUGAAGGUGAAUGAAAGGUUUUACAAACAUUUUCUGGUGCUGGUGUACAGAUCUGUAAGUGUUGCUGAUUAAUGUGAUUUAUACGUGCAAGGACCGUUGAGUAUAGUAAAUGCGU